UACUUUCUCUCUUGCACAGAUAAAGCAGAAGUGUGAAGACGAUUGAGCGCUUGAGGGCAGGUUGGCGAUGGCACAGGGCUCCGAUAGCAACGACACAAGCUACAAGUCUCCAUCCCCUGCAAGUCGAGCGGGCUCCUCGGAUGAUGUUAAGAAGGUGAUGCGGCGAGAGAAGAACCGAAUUGCUGCACAGAAAAGCAGGAUGAGGCAAACUCAGAAAGCAGACAGUCUACAUUUGGAGAGUGAGAACUUGGAGAAAGAAAACGAUGCUCUGAGGAAGGAGGUGAAACAGCUGACGGAGGAGGCCAACUAUCUGUCGUCCGUGCUGAGCAGCCAUGAGCCUCUGUGCACAGGCCUGACCCCCACAACCCCUGACCUCAUCUACCCCGCCCACCACGGCUCCUACCACCAGCACAUUGCCGUCUCACACUACCAGCACUGACCUUUCAACUCUGACCCCAACUGAUAACCUCAACGGAAAGACAAGACCAGAACUGUACAACAUACAACAUACUGUCUAUACACGUCAAUGACAGCAAACUGUAACUGGGUGAAAUUUACUAUUUAUUUUGCUUCUGCUCAUCUAUGUCUUUAUGAUCUGUAAUUGUAUUAUGGAGUGCCAGUCUAUGUU